GUGGGCCCGAGCUGUAACCAAUGUAUGCCAAGCGUAGGAUCUAAUCUGUGCCCAGCUGGGAGCCACGUUGCGUCCUGAUGACGAGGCUUUGCCUGGCUCUUGUCAUUAGAGCUGGAGGCAGUACGCUAUUCUGGGAUUCCUCGUAAUCUUGGGAGCAUCCAGAGUCUUCCUCGCCCAUGGCGCAGUCCCACCGAGAGUCAAUGCAGAAGGCAAUUCGUAGACAUUUGUGUCUCAACAGCUCUGGACGGGAACCCGCGAUUACCACUCGAUCUGGCCCCUCAUGGCGGACCUUGCGGCCCCGCUCGACCCUCGGCUGGGCACGCCUGGCGAGCAGCUCAGCGGGCUCGGAAGUGGGCUCCAGGCGCAAUUCACCUCGGUUGACGGCUCGCCGCGAGGUUCCCUCUCGCGCCCCCUCGGCGAUGGCGGCGCCAGUGCCACGUCCGCAGCCCUCUGGCCUGUGCUGGACGUCGGGGAGCGGAGGCUCAGGCCGCGGCUGCUGGUGGCUGGCGAGUCGCUCACCACCACGCUGCAGUGGUACAAGCCCCCGAGGCGUCCCUACACCCGCAGGGAACUUCUGGCCGACCGUGUGGUGAACUUCUCGGGGGCGGGGCUGUCGUGGUUGGGCCUGUUCUCUCUGGUCAUCAUGUCGACGGUCGCUGGGGACUCCCUCAGCAAGACGGCGGGCUACCUCGUCUUCGGUGUCGGGCUCGUUGCGAUGCUGAACCUGUCGGCGUUCUACCAUCUCCUGUGCUGGGAUUGGGGUCGGGCAG